AUAAUAAUGAUUGUUUCCCGUGAUAAAUCGUUCGUCGUUAUCAGGGUCAGGCCGCAGCCCGCAGUGUCCGUAGAUCGCGUGAGUUGGCCCGUGCUUCGCCGUCGUCCGUGUUAUUGUUUCCGACCAUCAUCGGCGUCGUCUUUGUUUUUAAUAUUUUAAUAUUUUAAUAGUUUUAAUCAUUGUCCUUUCAAUCGCAAUAAUAUCGUAUCCGCUCGGUCGUGUGCCGCCUACAUCCGUCCCCUACGAUUCGGCGAUCUGACGUUUUAAAUACACGCAUAUUGUGGUCAAUUGACAGUCCGCAGGGUACCAGGGAUCACCACCUACACAUACGUAAUAAUAUACCAUGGCACCGGAUCAGAUCCGUUUGUACAAAAUAAUCGAAUAACAUUUUGUAAUGAACACAUUAUCGGAGUCUGAUGUCAUUGAAAAAUCUCUCCAUGUUCCUGAAAUUACCCAAAUGGCUAAUGAUAAUGAGUUGAUAUUAUCACCAAAAAAACAUCUGGUUUGCUUUGCUACCGUCAAAGGGGAUUGUUUAGUGACAAAAAACGGUGCAUCGUAUGCUGGGAUAAAGGAGUGUCUGCUCAGUGAUCGAAUGGUUGAUAAAAACGAACCGAUUGAAAUUCAAAUUACAGAUUCUGCAAUUCCUGACACUGAUAUUGAUAGUGGAAUGGAAUCUUCAGCGUCUAGCUGGGAUCGAUCAGUUAAUGAAGUAAAAGAACAUGCAUUUGCUAGGCUUGAGGAAGAAUUAAAAAAAGCGAAUGAAACAUUAAAACUUAGAGAUGAAGAAGUAUCACGUUUAAGUAGAAUACGUGCUGAUGUCGAAUCAGAAUUAGAAGAAUUGACUGCUAGUCUAUUUCAAGAAGCUCAUAAUAUGGUGAAAGAAGCAAAUUUACGCCAGGCGGCUGCAACCAGAGCAUUAAAAGAAUCUUCAAUGAAAGUUGAUGUUUUAUCUGCUGAAGUGACAGCAUUAAAAACCCUUGUACUAACUUCUACACCAAGUCACCCUAAUUUAUCAAGAGAAGAUAGCAUUUCGAUGCCAGGAGGACUAAGUGGUGUUGGACUAUUUUAUCGUAAACAUAAGAGAUCUCCCUCGCACAAUAACCUUAAGUACGGCAGAGAAAAUUCUCCACCAGAUUCUCCGCUAAAACAAAAGUCUAAUCAAUCCGAAACAGACACAGACAUUUUAGACAUAUCUAAUAGUGCUGAGGUUGAUCCAAAUGUGCAUCGUGAAUUUGUUCUUUGGAUGAAAUCUCCUACUUUAGACAAAUCAGAUGCCUUUAUAAGUCGAAUAUACAGAGAAGAUAUCGAUCAAUGUCUAGAGUUUAAUAAUUCAACUUUGGCAAUGGAUGUUAGAAAUGCAAUUGAAAGUGGGAAUCUUUUUAUUGAGUCUAUGGACAAGUCAAAAUCUCAUUUUCCAAAAAAAUGUGCUCUAAUGGAACUGCCAUUGCUGUGUCUCUAUAGAAUGAAUUUAGGAGGAGCAGAUAGCGAAUGUUAUUGCAUUUCACAAAUUUGUCGAAAUAGAAUUACUGCGGUAUGUGAUUUCCUCAACUACCUCAGAUACAUUCAAAGGGGCUUGGUUAAAAGUCUAGAAAACGAUAUGUACUGGGAAAUCGUAAGACUGCGAAAACAAAUGAUGUUGGCUAAGUUGGGUCUAGCUUUGACAUCGUAACAUUGCUAAUGUAAAUUAUUAAAAAAAAAAAAAAAUGGAAAACCAUAUUACGAUAGUGUUGUAGUAACGUUAUCGAACUGAUAAUAAUACAGAUGUUACGUGUUAUUUUUUGUGAUCAUAUCUUGUGAUUUUUUUUCGGAUAGUAAGUA